GCUACGCCAAACGGAUUCUUCGUACCCGCACGGGACCCCACCGAUGCACAUAAUCCAACAAAUCGGAUAGAGGAACGGGUGUCCGGGUGUACCUAUGCUAAGAAACCUUGUCGGGUGCUUAUCCGUCCAGGCCUCUUGGCCAGUGGUUCAUAUUGCGGCGCAGUCAAUUUGCAUGAGGGCCCCGCUUCCUAUUGGCCAACUGCACGCAAUCAAUCCUGCGCUAACAAAGACCAUAGUACUCAGUACCGUGCUGUAUAUGGUAUUCCGCAUUUCAGCAAAUACACAUGCAGCUAAUGACCCUAGAUGCAUACAUCCGUACCCUCCGCACCAAUCUGUUUACCUAUCCACACACCCAAAACCAUCCGUAACAACGGCCCCUAUACACGGAAACUACCCUCGAACACCACCACCUCCUCCUGCCUCCUGCUUCAAACCUCCCAUCUAACUAACACACCCACCCUCUCCAUAUCCACAUCCACAAUCAUGCCCAUGUCUACCACCUCAACCUCAACCUCGACAACACCCAACACCUCACUAUCGGACCAAGCCUCCCUAACAACCAACCCUCCACACCCGCACAUACAACUACCACCAUCACCACCCCUCCUCUUCCCCUCCGCGCACCACGAAUCAACUGAACUCCUCCAAACCCUCACGCACAUCCGCACGCAGCUCCACCGCGCCUCGCACCUCUACGCCCAAAAAGCAGCGUUUCUUGACGAUUCAGAAAGACAAUGGAUUGAGUCUACUAUUGCAGAUACGACAAACGCGGUGCAUGCGUUAGCGGUGCUGGUUGAGCCGGUGCGUGUGGAGUGGGAAGUGAGGAGCAAUCAGCACACUACACACCAUAAUGUCAAGGGGAGGAGUAAGCGGAUUUCAAUGGGUUUGGGGACGCAGUUAAGGUGGGUAUGUAGGGAUGGGCAGAGGGCGAAGGUGCAGAGGGGGAGACUGAUGGUUUGUUAUUCGAGUUUAAUGGUUGUGUUGGAGAGGUUGAUGGGGGUGGGUUGUGAUGAUGGAGGGAAAGGGGUAGUAGGGAGAGGAGGUGAGGAGGUAUUGGGUAUAGAGGAGGUGGAGGUACAGGAGUUGCCUGGGGAGGGUGAGGCGGUUGGUAUUGGCGCUGGCGCUUGUACUGGUGGCGAGGCGAGUUCGGGAGUGAACGCUAUUAAAGGAGGAGGGUUGGGGUUAGACGUUAAGGAUGAGAUGCGGGAUUUAUUGAGCUGGAGGCAGGCAAAGGGUAAUAAUAUCUAGAUGGUCGUUACUUGAGAUAUUGGAGUAUGAAGGGGGCAUUCAUGGU